AGAGCUCUGAGGGAGAUGUUUUUCCACCUAGCUCAUCAUUCAUUAACUACAACUGUGGAAGCUCUGUGGCAUACCAGGCUAUGCCUUCUCCAACCAGCAGCCAGAGGUCGUCGCGAGUCGCCUCAGAACUACAAGCCAACCCGAAGUGCCCACCUAGAAAUGUCUGACAGUGCAGAGUCCCCGACAGAACAACAGAAAGAUGAGCCACAGCCACCGUCAGACGACUCGACGACAAAUGAAGAGAAGAAAAAAAUUGAUGUGCUGUUGAAGGCAGUGGGAGACACUCCUAUAAUGAAAACAAAGAAAUGGGCAGUAGACCGGGGGAGGACAGUACAGUCUCUGGCUCAGUUCAUCUCUCGUUUCCUCAAACUUGAUGCUAGCGAACAACUGUUCAUCUAUGUUAACCAGUCUUUUGCCCCCUCGCCUGAUCAAGAAGUAGGUGUCCUCUUUGAUUGUUUUGGUAGUGAUGGCAAGCUGGUUCUACAUUACUGUAAAUCUCAAGCCUGGGGUUAAACUCCUUUUCUACAACUCCUCAUUUUCUGACCUCUCCUUUCUUUAAUUCAUCCCCCAAACAUGCACACAAUGUUACCUUUGCAUCUUUGCUAUUUGUUGUUUUUCAGGUUUUAUGUACAUACAUAUUGUAAAUAAAUUAUUGUGACAGUGUAAAGCUCUUUCCACAAUUUCUUUCUAUUUAGGCGUCACAUUUGGCACCCAAAAAUAAACACUUAACUUGUGGGCACAGGA